UUGUGCCAACAACUAGACAAAACGAAGCAUAUAUGGCUACGCUUUCUCAGAGAUAAACUAAAUCGUUACGAGCUAACUGCCAAGCUGCUCCAAGGGAUCUGCCGAGCCCGCAUUAUCUGUGAUAUACAGCUCAGCCUCUCGUCCGUCCUACAAGGGCUGGGCCAAUUGGGGCUAGGAGGCACAUCCACAGCAGCUACAGCGGUGAUCUCACCCUGGCCUCUGCCAUAG